UAAUUAAUUAAUUUUGUAUUUAUCUUCUUUUGGUAAAAUUUUGAAAUUGUAUAAAAUAUCUUACUAAUUUUUAGAUGAGAAUGAAAUAUACAAUAAUACAGAUUUUCAUUCAGAAGAACAAAAUAAUAUGGAAAUUUCUGAGGAUAAAAAAGUACCGGAACCAAGAAAUGUAACUGAAGGUAAGAUAAAACCGUUUUAUUUUUAAAUAAUUAACGAACCAUUUAAUUUAUAAUAUGUCCUCAUUAUGCUCAUUCUUCAUGUUAAAUAAACAGAACAAGAAGGUAAACAACAUUAAUAAUAAUUACUUUAAUAUCUCUUUAAAUGUAAUAACUUUUAUGAAUAUUUUGAAUUUCAUAGUAAUUCAUAGUAAACCAUAUAAUUUUAGUACACCGGUUGAUAACAAUAUUAAUAAUGAGUUGAUAUUAAAAUCAAAUAUUAUUGAAGAUGAGGAUAAAAACUUUUGUUUAGAAGAGCGAAAUGAUAUAGAACAACAUAAUGAUUUGGAAAUUUCUGAAGAUAUUUUAUUAAAUUCAUUAAUUGUCGAAAAUUUAACCAAAUCCAAUACAAUUGAAGAUAAACAAGAUAAUUUGGAAACUCCUAAAGUUAUUGAUAACUUUAACAAAAGUGAAAAUUUAAUGAAACCAAUUAUUAUUAAAGAAAUUGAUAAAUCAAAUAAUCAAUUUGAAAUAAUCGAAUAUAAUGAAAAUACCAAACCAAAUUUAGAAAAUCAAGAUUGCUUAAAUAUUUAUAAAGAUGAAGUUAAGCAAAAAUCAAGAAACUUAAAAAAUCUGAAGAAAAGAUUUAGUAUUAUAAAACAUAUUAAAAAACUACCAAAACUGUUAAAAAAGAAAGGUAAAUUGUAAACUAACUCAAUUAAAUUAGUUUUAAAAAAAAAGUUUUGGAACCAUUAUCCUUCAAUAAUUCACUUGUAGUCAUUGUAAAUUUUGUUUUUUUUUGUAAAAAAAAAGUUUGUUCAAACACUAAGUAAUCUUAGUUUGUAAUUUGAACAAAAAUAACGAUAAGUAAAUAAAGUAUAUUAAAUAUUUUAUUCAUUUGUUAUAAAUAACGUAUGUUACUGACUUGUGUUUGAUAAUAU